CCGUACAAAUAAAAUUGCACUCGUGCACUUGGGUGUGUUUAUGACUUUCAUGAAUAAGACAAGGCUGUCACUUGCAAAAACCAACAACUGAUGGAUCUUUCAAACAAUAUCAAAUUUAAAAAGGCAUAUGAUUGAAUAAGAUGCAUUCGUGUGGUUUUAAAAAAAAUACAAUGAAUGCCGGUGAGUAAGGACCUGGUUGGAGGGAGACAUUGCUUGGACAUAUCUUAGACGGUGAUGAAGCAUCCAUAUCUCAAUUAUACUGCAACAUACUUUUUUAAUGAGGUUGAGACUCCUCUUGUUUCUUCAACCCUUGUUAUAUAUACUACCAUCAUUGCCAAACCAUGAAGCCAAAUUGAAAUAGCUUGACUGUUUGAUAAUUCAAUACUUUGGCAUUUGUCUUUUCUAAUCACAGAAGGAAGAUGGAUGCCUCGACUUUGAACCAAAGAAACUCUCAGCAUGUUCGUUCAAAGAGCGUGCCUUCAAAUCCACACCCAAUCAUCAGCCAAGUUGAUGAGCAAUUGAGCAGAUUAAGGGAUUCUGAAGCCAUAUCUUCUUCAUCUUCUUCGCUAUGCCACAAACUCAGUGCUCUUCAAGAUUUGCACGAUUCUGUAGAUAAGCUGCUUAUCUUGCCGCUUUCCCAACAAGCUCUGGUACAAGUGAGUGACAAGGAAGAGUUGGAUAACUUACUAGAAGGAUCUCUCAGGCUGCUAGAUUUGUGUGACACAGCUAAGAAGGCGUUGAUGCAAACACGAGAAUGUACACAUGAAUUCGAGUCGGUUUUGCGUCGAAGGAGAAGUGAUAUUGGUACUUCUAGUUCACUUAAAAAAUGUUUAAGUUCCAGGAAGUUGAUAAAGAAAGCAAUUCACAAAGUCUUGAAGGGAAUGGAAAGCAAACAAACCAACAAAGAUAGUGAAAGUUUUACCUUUGUCAACCAGAUAAAAGAGGUUGAAGCAGUCACUUACCAAAGCAUAGUAUCCUUAUUGUUCUUUAUAGCAGGUCCAAAGUUGCCAGCAAAAUGGAACUGCUGGUCUUCAGUUUCCAAGCUCGUGCAAUCCAAAAAAGUAGCCUGCAUAAGCGAAGAAACGAGCAUAAGCAUUGUGGAAAGAUUGGAUUUGGCAUUAAGUUCAAUUACCAAUCACCAAAGUGACAAGGACUUCCAAAUUCAUGUUGGGGACAUGCAGAACUUGCUGAGGGAUUGUGGAGCAAGCAUCAAGAAAGUUGAAGAAGAACUUGAGGGUCUUUAUAGGUUCAUAAUUAAAAUCAGAGUAUCCCUUCUCAACAUUUUCAACUACUAAAUGUCAAACCACGAAUGGUGGUUAAAAUUUUUCAAAAGAGUUAAACAACUUGAGGAUGUUUUUGCUCGAAUGAAUAUCCAUAAAUGUAUAUAAAAUACUCGAUUUUUAGUGUAAUUAAAAGUCUUUCGCAACACUGCUAAAAUCUGACUUUUGUCCA